UAUAUCCGCAUGUUUCAGUUUCCUCGAUGUUAUUGUAUUAAUAAGACGUGUAUUUGGGUGUUUUUUUUUGUGCUUCCGUUAAGCUAACGUUGGAACAUGGAUCCUGCGGCAUCCGUAGCAAAGAUCAGGCAAAUCCAGGCGGCAUUUAAGGUCAUAGCAGUCUUGGGAUUGACUGCUAUACACUGGCCACCGUCAGAUUUUGUGACAAAUGGCGCUAGCUACGAUUUCGUAAUAGUGGGUGCGGGCAGCGCGGGCUGUGUGCUCGCUAAUCGCCUCUCGGAAAAUAAGCAGGUCAACGUUUUGCUCAUUGAAGCUGGCGGUGACCCACCCUUCGAAUCGAUGGUAACCAUAAGACUUCCUGGAUUAAUAACGUUUUUACCACAAACAUCUUAUGACUGGAACUACACUGCAGCGUUUGAUAAAAACAGGAAAUAUUACCAGAAAGACCUUGUGGCUCCUCUUACUCAAGGUAAAAUGCUAGGUGGAUCUAGUAGCCUCAAUUACAUGUUUUAUGUAAGAGGCAACCCUCAGGACUAUCAAGCGUGGGCGGAAGUUGCAAAAGAUGAAUCUUGGAAGUAUGAAAAUCUUUUACCUUACUUUAAAAAAAGCGAAUACAUGGAGGAUCCUGCUAUUCUUAAAUCAAAGUACAAAGAAUUUCAUGGUACGAAUGGAUUUUUGCAUGUGUCAAGAGAACCUCAUUCAGAGGUAAAGGAUUACUUCAAAAUGUUCGAGGAACUAGGGCAUGAUAUCAUUCUUGACGCUAAUGGAUACGAAACUAUGGGAUAUAAUCAGCCUUCAUACACAAUAGCCAGAUCAGGAGUUAGACAGAGCACAGCAUUUAGUUUUUUGAGACCAGUCCAACAUAGAAAAAAUCUACAUGUUCUCAAAAACACACUCGUUACUAAAAUUCUAUUCGACGGUUCUAAAAAUGCUGUUGGAAUAGAAGCAUUGAUGGCAAACAAAAAAACGAUUACCAUAUCGGCUAACAAAGAAGUAAUAAUCUCGGCAGGAGGAAUAAAUUCAGCAAAACUUCUACUACAAUCAGGCGUGGGCCCUGCAGGUCACUUAAAAUCACUAGGUAUCAAGGUAAUAGCUGACCUACCCGUCGGUGAAAAUUUGCAAGACCAUGUUGCGGGAAUCAUAGCAUACAAGAUGAAAGAAGCUCACGACUUACCAAAGCCCCCAAAUUAUUCCACAUUCCUCCUUCCAAUGAUGAUGGGAUAUGUAGCACUUAAUAAAACUGAUAAACAACCUACAUACCAAUCAGUCACUUUGGCAGUACCUAAUGAUUCUGAAGGACCUCUUCAAUUUUGUGCAUUUGGCUUUGCUCUUGAUUAUGAUAUCUGUCAAAGAACUUACGAAGCAAGUAAAGGGAGAGAAAUGCUUUAUAAAACCGUAAUAUUGUUACAUCCAAAAUCACGAGGAGUUAUUCAGUUGAAAAGUACUGAUCCUUUAGACCCGCCUUUAGUGUUUCUGAACUAUUUCUCAGAUGAGUCCGAUCUAGAUAUUUUGGCAAAAUCUUUGGCGGAUUGUGAUGAACUUAGAAAUUCAACGUAUUUCAAAAGUGUUGGCGGGGAGCUGGUUGAGUUUAACCUGCCGAAGUGUCAAGGUUUGGCGGUAGGCAGUCAUGAGUAUUGGAAAUGUCAUGCGUUGAGUACUCGGGCCUCGAUGUUCCACUACACCGGAGCAUGCGCAAUGGGUAGUGUGUUGGAUGAGAGGUUGCGUGUGCGCGGCGUACAGCGCCUGCGCGUGGCAGACAGCAGCGCGAUGCCGAACAUCACCAGCGGUAACACUAACGCACCUGUCAUCAUGCUGGCAGAGAAAGCUGCUGAUAUGAUUAAGGAAGAUAAUGAAUGUCAUGAUUAGUAUACCGGCCUAACCGAAAUGACAGUAGUUGACGCUAUGUGGCGAUCGAAAUGUAACUGGCUCUAUGAAUCCGUUACGGAAAAGCAAUAGAGAAAGAGCUUACGAUACGCUAUGGAGCGUUAACGAUUAUGUCGUGGGCUAGGUAUCUUGGCUGUGUACUAAUUUGACAAUAGUUAAUACCUUUAUAUCCACAAUACUAAUUAUUUAAAUGCGGAUAAAUCUUUUAACAACGGCUCUUGUUUGUCUUCAAUUGCUUGACAAUUUUUUUUUGUAUGUAGGCCUGAAAGAUCAACUGUUGUAAUGUUGUUGUUAGAAAUGUUAGAAUACUGAUUGCCAAGAACACCUUUCAUUAUUCCUUUUGUCAAUACAUUUUGCUAUCUUUUAUAAGAACAAAUUGUAUAUUCGAACAGCUUUCAAAGCUGCAAGCUGCAAGUAAAAUAUUUGAACCGGCGCAACUUUAACGUAAUUUAAUGGUGAUAUUGCAUGGUGAUCUUCAUUUUCAUAAUUCCUUCACACGAAGAUAAAAUUAUCUUCAAGGAGUUCUGUUACCGACUGAUGUAUAUUAUAAAUAAAUAAAUAAUAAAUAAAUAAAUAAAUAUUAUAGGACAUUCUUACACAAAUUAUUGUUAUUAACAUACAGAUUUGCACAGAAGAAGGUGUGUAAGUCGGGGCAAUCAGGAGUUUGUCUUGGUAUCUUUACAAAUAAAAUUUAAUAAAAGGU